UGAGCGCUGGACAUCCUGGUCACCACCAUCACCUUCAUCACCUUCAUCACCAUCAGAGGAGCGCAGACAGAAUGGAGGCCCUGUUAAACGAGUGGCUGUGGCAGGAGAAGUACUGGCUUCCUCCUGGUAUCCGCUGGCAGGACAUUGAGAUGAAGGAGGAAGAUGGACGCUUUCCUCUACCCAGGGAUCUCAUCUACACCUUGCCUCUGGCCUUUGCCUUCAUAGCCCUCAGAUAUGUCUUUGAGAGGCUCGUCGCCGUCCCCUUCAGCAGACUUUUAGACGUGAAGGAUCAGGUUCGGAUCCGAGCCACUUCCAUCCCAAAGCUGGAGACCUUCUACAAACAGAACAGUCGGCAGCCAUCGCAAAGUGAGCUGCUGAGUCUGGGGAAGCAGUGUGGCCUCUCUCAGAGAAAAAUACAGACGUGGUUCAGACACAGACGGAACCAGGAUCGACCCAGCAACACCAAAAAGUUCUGCGAGGCCUUCUGGCGGUUUCUCUUCUACAUGGUUGCAUUCACCGCUGGGCUCGCCUCUUUAUUUAAUAGUGAGUGGUUGUGGGAUCACAGAGAGUGUUGGAGGGGAUAUCCCAAACAGCCCGUGGCCGAGGCUCAUUACUGGUAUUACAUCCUGGAAAUGGGUUUUUAUUUGUCGCUGCUGAUGUGCGUCUCUGUUGAUGUCAAGCGAAAAGAUUUCAGGGAGCAGGUCAUUCAUCACAUCGCCACCAUAUUCCUCAUUGGUUUUUCCUACUGUGCCAACUAUGUGAGGGUUGGCACUUUGGUGAUGCUGGUGCACGACUCCUCUGACUUCCUGCUCGAGUCUGCUAAGAUGUUUCACUAUGCCGGUUGGACGAAGACGUGUGACUCACUUUUUGUGGUCUUCGCUCUCGUCUUCCUUGUCACAAGGCUGGUGGUGUUUCCUAGCAGAGUCGUCCACACAACCCUGGUGGUGUCUUCACAAUUUUUCGAGCCCUUCUUCGGUUAUUAUUUCUUCAAUGCUCUGCUCUUAGUGCUGCAAGCCCUGCACGUCUUCUGGGCAUAUCUCAUUCUGCGCAUGGUCUAUAAAUUUGCGUUCUCGGGCAAGGUGGAGCGUGAUGAACGCAGCGAUGCAGAGAGCGAAGUGGAGGAUGAAGAGGAGGAGCCUGAGGAAGAAGGGGACGAAUGCAGCUGGGAGCAAAGGAAGGGGGCCAUCAACUCCAAACUGGCAUCACUGGCGAACAACUGUGUCCUGAACAACCUGACCCACCAGAGGAAUAUAAACAGCAGACUGCCUAAAGCCAGAUAGUGGAGAAGCCCCCAACUCCUCGUCCACCAAGCCUCACUGGAAAAACAGUUGUUUCACCCCGUCGCUGAUUGGAAAUGAACUUCUUUGUGACGUAUGAUACACACCUGGCUUGUGAACACAUAACAAGGUCCAUUGAUGAUUUCGGGUAAGUCUGCAUCCUAUUUAUCUUCACAAAAUAAAGAGGGGAAAGAAGCACCGAUGAUUGUAAAUCUUUGGAAGACACGCCAUCAUGAGUGUCACCCUGACUAUUGUAAAUUCGCAAAACGAGGAGAGAGUAAAAAUUUCCUUUACGUCUACUCAAAAGUGUUCUUUUUGCAGAUUUUGUAUUUAUGCUGUUUGUUUUCAUUGAAUGACAUUAACUUGUUUGUAAAUACCUCAGUGUAGAAACUCUGUUAUGAUUCAUUUAUCCUUUCUUUGGUCAACAAGAUAAACUGAAUAUUUUAUAUCAAGCAGUUAUCUAAUAUGUAUUAUAAGGUGUUUUAAAAUAAAGCUAGAAUGAUGUAGUAAUGCGCUCCCCCAGCUUUCACAUGCACAUUAUGGUUGAUUGUACUGAGGCUGUUAAAAACAUUGAUUGUAGUAAAAGUCAUCAAACCACUUAAUAGAAUAUUUUUAUGAACCAUUUACCCAACAGAUAAUUUGUAUUUUGUUUUAAUCUGUGACAGAAUCGAUAAAAGAUCUUUAGACAUUAAAAAAGAUAUAUUUUAAUGGCAGAGUUUGAUUUGCUCUGUGGAUUCAGUCUGUUAUGUUGAAGAGAUGUGGCGCCCCCUGGUGCGCAAUGAAGAACAUAUCUUAGUAGAGCUGGCACACCCCCAUGUUUCAAAAUGAUGCCUUUGGGAAGAAAACUACUUAAAUCAGGUGUGUAUGUACGAAUGUGUGUGUGUGUGUGUGUGUUUAUAAAUGUGUAUGCCUGUGUGCAUGUGUGUGUGGCACCAUUAAUUCUCAAAGAUGUUUUUGUUGAGGUUUGACCGACUGUUGUUUUGUUUUAUGGCUUGGCUGCUGUUUUUACACUGUUCUGUGACGAGCACUCGAUAUGUGACGCUCUGUGUUGGUAGGAUUAUGUUUACUGGACAAACACAUGGACCAGGUCUUACUGUGACUAUAGUUUCAAUGUUAGUGAGUUGGUGGUGACACCUGGGUAAGCCAUGAUAAACAGUAUAUGGGCACUAUAAAGACAUGAGGGGAAUGUUAGAUAUUUUAGGUGGUUAAGUUGUCUCCAACGGUCCAAUAAUAACAGGCUCAGAUCAACGAAAGUCUUGCUGAAAUGUAAGGAUUUUGCUGUUUUUAUAAAAGCUUAUUUUGAUACGACUCGACAGACACUAACACUAUACUGGAAAAGAGAGAUUUUUUAAUUUUACAUAUAUUUAUCCAACACCCUGGAACAAUGAUCUGACAUCAGUCAUGUUCUAUAAUAUGUAUAUAAUGUGGUUUGGCUCCAGGUUAUCAUUUCACUGCUCUUCUCGUACACAGUUUGUCAUCCACUAUCAAAAACUGAACUGGUACAGUGCAACGUGGGAUUUAAAAUGACAAAGAAGAACUUAAAGGGCUGAUCCACUGAAUGACACACCUGUGAUGCCACAAAGAUAUACUAAUAUUUAUAAAAGAGAGAAAUAUAAAGUGCAUAACCAGCAAAUGGCAGGAGAUAUGUCAUGUUACCAUCUAUUGAGUUACAUUUAACUGUUCUCUUAUGAGUGUACAAGGAGGCUCUAUUGAUUGUGUGGAA